GGCUUUCAUUUAAAAUGGUGGAAAGAAAAGCCAGGCAGGAGAAAUAGACGGAGCAAUCUAAACAGUUUUACCUUGGCCUUCAGCAUCAUUCCGUGUGGAGGAAAAAAUAAAAAGCUGCCGAUAUGGAUGAUAAAAAAGAAAUGAAGGAAGUUGCUGUCAAAGUGUUGGGCUAUCUGGAGAAGGUGACCUCCUUUGCCUCCUCGAUCGACCCCAUGUUUGGUAUCGUCUCCUCCGUGGUUGGUGCUGUUCGACAAGGCUUGGACGAUAAAGAUGGCCAAGAUCCAUCUUUGGACAAAGACUUUGAGGAGAUCAACAGCAAGUUGAAGGAGAUCUCUGAAAAAAAUCAAGAACUCUUGAAGCAGAUUCGCGUCACUGAGGUGAAUGAAAAUUUAAAAAAGUAUGAGGAGCGCAUCAAGCACCAGUACGAUGCUUUCAUUGAGAUGGUAGAAAAGGUAAAGAAACACCAGACCAAAGCUAAGCAAUUCAUGGCUGACUUUGAAAAGAUUUAUGAGGGAGACCACUCUGAGGAGAGCCUGCUAGUGUUCUACAAUAACGUGACGGGGAACAGAAACUUGGUGUUCGGCCGGCCUGUGCUGGAGGUGUACAUGGAUGAUUGCAAUCGCAACCAUGAAAAAAUGAAGCAGUACUGCCUUCACUUUGCAAACCUCUUCCAAAAAGGCCUCGUGGCGCUGAUGGGCUACACAGCUGUUACAGAAGACGAUGAAGAAGAGAUUCGGGAGAAGUGGUACCCAAGGGUGCAGGAGAUCCAGGAGAAGUUCGAUGAUGUGCUGAAAGCGUGUCAAAAUGAAUCCUCCUGAACACAGACCCACAAAGAAAGCAUGUUGUCUGGGUUUGACGCCAGCAACACAAAAGUGUCUAUAAAGCAGAAAAAAAGAGUGAAAAGACAAAUUAUGUAAUAUUUAAAAUCUAUACACAAAACCAAAGCCAUGUUAUAUGUGUACACUUAAGAUGCAGCUGGUCUUUUAUUUUCAAUAUAGUUAUUGUACUGACUGUAUUUGUUAUGCACAAAACGACCUGUCAUUUUGUGUCGCAUCUCAAUAAAUGCUGAAGUUUUAUACAUUGUGUUUAAUAAAAUGAAUUACCGUAAUUAC